AUGAGGGAGGGUCUUAAUCAGAUUACUGAAGUCCUCUGUGAGCGGAAGAAAUUCAGACACACUCUGAAAAAGCCAAGGGGAGGAGUCAGAAACCGGAAGUCAUCGGAGCAGAAGCCGGAAGUGGACAGAACUAGAAAAGAAAGGAGAGGACUUUUCCAUGUGACAAGAAAGCCCGGGAACCCGAGGACUGCCGGCCAGCCAGAAACUACCGACCUGGGAGGAGACAGGCCUUCUAGCUUCUGGAACCGAACCCUGCGGAGGGACUUCAAUCAUAUCAAUGUCGAGCUCAGUUUACUUGGGAAGAAAAAGAAGAGGCUUCGGGUUGACAAAUGGUGGGGAAAUAGAAAAGAGCUGGCUACAGUUCGCACUAUCUGUAGUCAUGUACAGAACAUGAUCAAGGGUGUUACACUGGGCUUCCGUUACAAGAUGAGGUCUGUGUAUGCUCACUUCCCCAUCAACGUUGUUAUUCAGGAGAGUGGAUCUCUGGUUGAAAUCCGAAAUUUCUUGGGUGAAAAAUAUAUCCGCAGGGUUCGGAUGAGGCCAGGUGUUGCGUGUUCAGUAUCUCAAGCCCAGAAAGAUGAGUUAAUUCUUGAAGGAAAUGACAUUGAACUUGUAUCAAAUUCAGCUGCUUUGAUUCAGCAAGCAACAACAGUUAAAAACAAGGAUAUAAGAAAAUUUUUGGAUGGUAUCUAUGUCUCUGAAAAAGGAACAGUUCAGCAGGCUGAUGAAUAAGAUCUAAGAGUUGUGCAGCAAUGGAAACAACAAGAUGCCAGACCUAUUUGUGAUUUUAAAGAUGCAAUAAAAUUCAUCUGUUAA